CGGCGGCCAUGGCGGAGGCUUGUAGCGAGAAUUGGCUUCUGGGUUUUAUCGCUUUACGAAAUUGGGCCUAAUGGGCCAAUAAAUUAUGAGGCCCAAUAAGAGUGAUUGGCCCAAAGAAUAUUCAAUCGUAGCCGUUUAUUAUGAUAGUCGGCGGCUUAACUGACCGUCGAUAUGAACAAUGAACUCGUGGCACAAUGGACCACCACGCGUCUUCGAAUCGUUGGUGUUUUCUUGACAUUUCUAUGUAUAUUCCGUAAAAAUUUCCCAGAUUGUUUCCGCUCCCCUUUCCCCGAUUGUGUGAAAUCUCAAUUCCUAGGAGGGGCGAUUGGAUCCGAGGAGUUUGAGUCAUCGUCUUGGCUCCAUUUGAUAUUUGUAAUUUGGAUUGAGAUUCAAUUUUCGGGGCAUAUCGGGGAUUCGUGCGACAGUUUACACACCGGCGGCGAGGCGACGAUUUAAUUGCGGUUUCCGAUUUGUCUCCGGGGAGAGGGGUUUUGAAGGUAAAGGGUGAAAAAAUGGUGAAUCCGAUGGUGGAAAGGGCGACGAGCAAUAUGCUGAUCGGUCCGGAUUGGGCAAUGAAUAUUGAGAUCUGUGAUAUCUGCAACCAGGAUCCUGCACAAGCAAAAGAUGUUGUUAAAGGUAUAAAGAAGCGGCUUCGUAGCAAAAAUCCCAAAACCCAGCUUCUUGCCUUGACGCUAUUAGAGACUAUUGUGAAGAAUUGUAGCGACAUUGUCCAUAUGUAUGUUGCUGAGAAAGAGCUACCUCGUGACAUGGUGAAAAUGAUAAAAAAGAAGCCUGAUCUUCAUGUAAGAGAGAAGAUAUUGGUUCUAAUAGAUACUUGGCAAGAAGCUUUAGGGGGUCCGAGAGCAAGAUAUCCCCAAUUCUUUGCAGCUUAUCAGGAGUUAUUGAGACUUGGAGUUGUUUUCCCCCAAAGAUCUGAGUCAUCAGCACCUGUUUUGACACCACCACAAUCACAACCUUUGUCAUCUUAUCCACCAAAUCUUAGAAAUCCUGAAUCUGGAUCAGCUGCCCCUGAAUCUUCUGCAGAUGCUGAUGCUCCAGCAAUGAGCUUGUCCGAAAUUCAAAAUGCACGUGGAAUUGUGGAUGUCCUUACUGAAAUGCUGAAUGCUUUAGAUCCUGGUAACAAAGAGGGGGCUAAGCAAGAAGUCAUUCUCGAUUUGGUUGAACAAUGUCGAUCGUUCAAGCAUAGAGUCGUACACCUGGUUAACUCUACAGUGGAUGAAUCACUAUUAAGCCAAGGACUUGCUCUAAAUGAUGAUUUGCAACGCGUACUUGCCAAGCAUGAAUCCAUUGCAUCAGGAACUAUCAAAGCUCAGCCCGAGAAGCCGAAACCUGAAUCAGAUAAAUCUUUGGUGAAUGUUGAUGCUCCUCUUAUCGACACUGGUGAUCAACCACUGGAUAACGGAUCUACAUCGUCAAGUACUAGCUUAGCGACACAGCUAGCGCUCCCUGCUCCUCCAGCGACAAACGGCCAAAAAGUGGAUGCAAAUAUCGAUCUCUUGAGUGGCGACGGGUUCAACACUUCCACCGAAAACUCACUAGCACUAGUUUCCGUCGGAGAGCCUCAGUCCGCAAGCCCUGUCGCAUCCCAGCAGAACGCACUCGCUCUUCUCGACAUGUAUCCACCGAGCAACAACGGUCCGUCUUCGAAUUCCAUGGCACAACCCCAUCCUUCGUCGCCUCAAUUCCCCCAGCAAUCAAACGUACAAUCGCUGCCAGCUUCUGCGUACCCAAAUGGAAGCGCCGCCCCCGCAUUGCCGCCUGGUGAACAUUCCUUCUACUCACAAGGCUCUGCUCCUGCCUGGAACGGCCAGAUCGCCCCGCCACCACAACCAGCCUCCCCCGGCUACGGCGUGCAAAAUAGCAGCUCGCUCCCACCUCCCCCGUGGGAAGCCGAACUCGACAACAGCCAGGCGGCCGUCAACGAGCCCGAACAACUGCAAGUCUUCAGCCCGGCCCAGCCACUACCAUACUCGCCAAGAUCGCCCACCAUGGCCAACAACCUCCCGGCAGCUGGAAUGUUCAUGCAGCCAACCCCUGGCAACUACCCUGCUGCUAUGAUGGGGGGUGGCGGCGUGCAUCCUCACCAGAACAACCUACAGCCCGUCGGAAUGUAUCCCCAGCAGGCGGCGCAGAUGGGCUACAUGUAUCCUCAACAGAUGUACGGCAACCAAGUCGGUGGCUACGGGUACCCCGCCUACAACUAUGGCCAAGGGCAGGCGGCGCCGAACUCCCAGUAUCUCGAGCAGGGCAUGGCUGGAAUGUCGGUGAGGGACGACAGUGCCCUGAGAAACUCGUAUGUGCUGCCGCCGGGAAAGCCAAUGAAGCCGGAGGAUAAGCUGUUUGGAGACCUUGUCGACAUGUCUAAAUUCAAACCGGCCAAAAGUACGUCAGGGAGAUCUGGAAGCCUGUGACGGAUUGAUCAUUUUUUUUUUUUUUUUCUUUUAAGUUUUUACUAUAAUUUUUAUUUUAUAUAUAUAUAUAUUUUGUAUUUUGUAACUCCCCUUUGUUUUUCUAUUUGAUAUAUUCUUGAAAUUGAUCAAUUGUGCCUUUUUGCUUUUUCUGUAUUGUGUUUGAGCUUGAGGGUUAUGAUCUAUGAUUUGUACAUUUAGAAUGAAUGAAUUCUUGGAAGGAGGGAAUGGACUUUUGUUGUUUUUCAA